CAAAGCCCAGCACUAAGGUUCCGGGCGCCAUUUGGAGACUUAGUUCUUCCUAUUGAGGAGCCAUAAUAGCCAUGCUGUCUUUGAGCUCUGCCCGCCGGCUGCUGCUGCUCCUGGUGCGGCCUCAGCAGGGACCCAGAGCCGCAGCAGGGGAGCUGCUUCUCCUGCAGGUCUCCUCCUCGGAUGGGCGCAGGGGCUGCAGUGGGGGGCGAGGGGAGAAGGAGGACGAGGAGGACAAGGACAACCCCUUGGUCUUCUUGGAUGUAGGCGCAGACAAUCAGCCUCUGGGGAGAGUGGUCCUCAAGUUGAAAGCUGAUGUGGUGCCAAAGACAGCAGAAAAUUUUAGAGCUCUCUGCACUGGAGAAAAGGGUUUUGGAUACAAGGGAUCCACCUUCCAUAGAGUGAUACCUUCAUUCAUGUGCCAGGGUGGUGACUUUACUAAUCACAAUGGCACUGGAGGCAAAUCUAUAUAUGGCAGCCGAUUUCCUGAUGAAAACUUCAUCCUUAAACAUGUUGGACCUGGUGUUCUUUCAAUGGCUAAUGCUGGACCCAACACAAAUGGAUCUCAGUUUUUCAUUUGUACAGCCAAAACUGACUGGCUGGAUGGAAAGCAUGUUGUGUUUGGCCACGUGAAGGAAGGAAUGGAUGUUGUGAAAAAAAUUGAAAGCUUUGGCUCCAAAAGUGGAAAGACUUCAAAGAAGAUAGUCAUUACCGAUUGUGGUCAGCUGUCAUAAUUUGAGAUCUGCCAGCAUCACUGGAGAAUCAGUGAUACAAGAGAGAAUUGAUAAGAAUUAUUGCUUGCACAUUUCUCUUCUGGGUUUGGAUUGUACUGAUAAGAAAGAGCCAUGAUCAGCCAGAACAGAAGUGUGUGAAGAAUGAAGUUUUAAAAGUCCAUUUGAACAAUUUUCAGCUUUUUUUUUAGCUUAAAACAGUUGUGCUAUUUUUUAAAUAUAUGCUUCAAAUGUGAAGACUUUUUUGCUAUGCUUGAAAUGCAUGGUCAAAGACUAUUACUAGCAAAGGUUUACUAGAAAACCUCAAAUUGUUUCAUGAACCAAACUGAAUCUUAUGGAAGUACGAACCUGGAGUGCUAAGAAUCCUAAGUGAUGUUUUUCCAUCUGAGUGGUUUAAAGGUUAUCCUGUAAACUGAUUGAAAUGGUAAUUGACCUCCUCAUUUCAAAUGGAUGUAUCAAGUGAUACUUUGUACUUGAAAAAAUAUCUAACCUUUAUGGACUGAGCGUCAAACAUGGCUGGCUAAAUGCUUAAUCAUGUUGACUUGGAAGUCCAGUUGAUCAGUCAAGAUAAUUGAUUUGAACAGUGUUUUUUCUUCCUUUGGUGGAUUGUUUCCUUUCUGUUUGGUAGUCUGUUCAGAGUUUGAGAAUGCACAUUUCAGCAAUAUACUUGAGAUUUUUGAUAGCCCAAAAGUAAUUAUUUUGCAAGAAUAUUUGGUAACAGCCACAUAAUGAAAUUUCUGCAUUUCCUAUGGCUUUUUUGAAUUCUUCCUGUGUUGAAUCAUUACACUUUUAAUUUUAAAGACAGGAUUCACUAAAAUUUUGCUUCAGCUGCACCAGUUUAACUCUUGUGACAUGCUACUGUUAUGAUGUAACUCAGAAAACAAUGCUACUUCUUGUAACUGGAAAGUACUGUAUAUACUUGUGUACAAGUCGACCUCAUGUAUAAGUUUUAGGGCCAAAAUCAUGGAUUUUGAUAGGACCCAUGGUUAAAUCAAGAGUAAGACAAAGGAUGUAAAGGGUGAAACACCACUUCUGUCCCUUCCUCCUCUGCAUCUCUCUCGAUGAGCUAAAACUACUACUCUGAUGCUGGAGGAGAAGGUUUCAACACUGUAUUGGGAAGGAAGGGAAAUGGGGUGUUUGGUAGAGACCCGGAGGAGGAGGAGAGAAGGUUUUGACAUAGGAUUGAGAAGGGAAUCACCUCUUUCACACAACACACAUACACAACAUAUACACAUACUCUAUUUCAUAAAUCAGGGUGGUGCUUCUUUUCUAAGCAGUAUGACUUUAUUGACCCAAAUAUAAGUCAACCUAGGAAUUUAGGGUCAAAUUUGGGCAUAAGCUUUUUGGCUUACAGUCAAGUAUAUAUGGUAUGUUCUUUUCCUGGAAGGAAUAGGUACUAGCCAAAUCUCCUCUACAUGAAGCUGUGAAGUUUUGAAAUCUAAUGUGCCUAAGGACUAUCCUCAAAGUUUGUAUUUUUUUUUAGCCCUACUCUUUUGGUACAGGGCAAGUGUAAUAGCUGCUUUACCAACUACACUCAUCCCUCUAUAUUUGUGGAUUUGAUUAUUCACGGAUUUGAUUAAUGUGUGCUCUCUAUAAUAUCUGGGUCCUCCAGUGCAACUCUAUGGUCAACUUUAACUAAAAGUUGCAC